AUAUGGAAAUGGAUCAAACUAAACGAUUCGGUUCGGCACCUAUCUUGUCGGACCGUAAUCGUCACGUGUGUGUUUUAUGUGUGUGUGUGAGAGAAAGACAGAAGUCUAGUAUGAAGUUAUAUGUUAUCAGUCAUGUUCAUCGAAACGUCCACCAAAAAUCCAAAGAAGAAAAAAAAUUAGCUCCAUUUUCUCUCUCUAUAGAGCUAUUAUCUCUCUUCCUUUCAUCAAACUUUUUCUCUCCCCCAAACCCUAGACACAACAAAAUUUCCUCAAAUCUCCCCAAACAAAAGUCAACUCCACAAACCCAUAUUUAAUCUUCGAUCAUAUCCACUACCCAGUAAUGCAUUUUCUCAGAUUCACUCAAAUCUAAACUCAAUUUCACGAUGAAUUUCGCGGCCGCCACUUCCUCCGCCGCUGACUUAUCUCUCGGAUUAUCAUCUUCCUCCGAGGAUGUUCUAGAAAAAGAACACAUGUUCGACAAGGUUGUAACUCCGAGCGAUGUCGGAAAACUCAACCGUCUCGUGAUCCCUAAACAGCAUGCGGAAAGAUACUUUCCGUUGGAUUCUUCGACAAACGAGAAGGGUUUGUUGUUAAACUUCGAAGAUCGUAUCGGAAAACCGUGGAGGUUCCGUUACAGUUACUGGAACAGCAGCCAGAGUUAUGUCAUGACCAAAGGUUGGAGCCGGUUUGUUAAGGAGAAGAAACUCGAAGCCGGCGAUAUCGUUUCCUUUCAUAGAGGCAUAGGAGAUGUCGGUAAGGAUAGACUUUUCAUUGACUGGCGGAGACGGCCGGAAAAUACGGCGGUGGUGGAUACUCGUCACCGGUAUCCUCCAUUCGGAAGUUACUUCUCGUUUGAUAAUUACCGAUCCUACCCUUAUCAUAAUCAACCAUGGAACAAAUUUUCUGGACCAUCUAGGGACCACUCGGUCUAUUAUCAACAUCAUCAUCAAUUUCAUCGAGGAAGUGGUCCUUACCAUACAUUCUCAGCUCCUGUAGAACAACCCUUUACCGCCGGUGGUGGUGGUGGUGGCAUCGAUGGCGGUGGUGGAUCGGUUUAUCAUCACGUGAAUCCGAAUCUAAUGUGUUUGAGAUCGAGUGGAGUUCAGACACGACAGGAACCGGUUUAUGAAUCGAUUCCAGUCAUGAAGGGUAAAGUGGAGAAGAAGAGGUUGAGGUUGUUUGGAGUGAAUAUGGAUUGUCCAUUGCCGGAAUCUUCGGGUGAAGGAUCUUCACGUUUUGUUGGCAAAGGGAAAUCGUCGUUCGAUCUAAACUAAGCUGAAUGGGUUAAUUUGUUUUGAUAAAAAAUAACGCUCUUUUAAGGUAUGAUCUUCCUUCAUAACUGGUGGUGAAGAUUGAGAGACUUUUUAAUUAUGUUAAUUUUGUGGUUUUUGUUUUCAAUGCAUGUACAAUUUUAUAUAGGUUUGAACUUAUGAUCAUAUAUUUUAUAAACAUUUGUUUAAUUUAGUGUUUU